AUGUUGGAAGAAGAGGAUGUCAUCAUCUUUUUGACAUUGACAAGGCUGGACAGUCUAGUUGGAUCUGUUAGUUACAUUGUACUUCGAACGUCCAAAAUGAUAUUCUCCGAUAAUAACCAGUUGAAAUUAAAUAAUCUCACUAUGGACAUAGAUCUACGGCUACCUUCUGGUGAACCUGACAAAGAAGAUGAAGAACCACAUGGAAUUGAUAACAUGUUAGAACAUGAAGAAAAAUUGCAGAAUGGAGAUAUGAGAAUGGAAACAUUGUGGAUGUUAGAGAUGAGGUACAUGCUGAAGAUGGUGGGGAUUUGA